CUAAGCCUCGACUCCAUUCCGAUGGGCUUGCCGAUGUCAGACCCCACUGCCUGGGCCACUGCCAUGAACAACCUGGGAAUGGCUCCCAUGGGGAUGACAGGACAGCCCCUCCUGCCUGAUUUUGAUCCUGCUCUUGGGAUGAUGACUGGAAUUCCUCCCAUCAACCCCAUGAUGCCAGGCUUGGGAAUAGUCCCACCUCCCACCCCCCCGGACAUGCCUGCUGUGAAGGAGAUCAUUCACUGCAAGAGCUGCACCCUCUUCCCACCCAACCCACAUCUUCCCCCUCCAGCAACAAGAGAGAGGCCCCCAGGGUGCAAGACAGUGUUUGUUGGAGGGCUGCCAGAGAACGGGACAGAGCAGAUCAUCAUGGAGGUGUUUGAGCAGUGUGGGGAGGUCAUUGCUAUUCGCAAGAGCAAGAAGAACUUCUGCCACAUCCGCUUUGCCGAGGAGUUCAUGGUGGACAAGGCCCUUUAUCUCUCUGGCUACCGCAUCAGGCUGGGCUCCAGCACGGACAAGAAGGACACGGGACGCCUGCACGUGGACUUUGCCCAGGCCCGGGAUGACCUGUACGAGUGGGAGUGCAAGCAGCGGAUGCUGGCGCGGGAGGAGCGGCACCGGCGCCGCCUGGAGGAGGAGCGGUUCCGCCCGCCCUCGCCCCCGCCCGUCGUGCACUACUCUGACCACGAGUGCAGCGUGGUCGCUGAGAAGCUGAAAGAUGAAACAAAGUUCUUGGAGGCCAUACAGACCUUGCUGACCUGGAUUGAGCGUGGAGAGGUGAACAGGAGGACUGCCAACAACUUCUACUCCAUGAUCCAGUCGGCCAACAGCCACGUUCGCAGGCUGGUGAACGAGAAGGCAGCUCAUGAGAAAGAGAUGGAAGAAGCUAAAGACAAGUUCAAACUUGCUCUCUCAGGGAUUCUGGUUCAGUUCGAGCAGAUAGUGGCCGUGUACCAUUCUGCCUCCAAACAAAAGGCUUGGGACCAUUUCACGAAAGCUCAGCGUAAGAACAUCAGCGUGUGGUGCAAACAAGCAGAGGAAAUCCGUAACAUCCAUAACGACGAGCUGAUGGGGAUCCGGAGGGAGGAGGAGAUGGAGAUGUCUGAUGAAGAAAUAGAAGACCCGUCGGAGAUGAAAGAAACGGAAGAAUCAGCCCUGGUGUCCCAGGUGGAGGCGCUGAAGGAGGAGAACGACAGCCUGCGCUGGCAGCUGGACGCCUACCGCAACGAGGUGGAGCUGCUGAAGCAGGAGCAGGGCAAGGCCAGCAGGGACGAGGACACCACCAAGGGGCAGCAGAUGAAGCUUCUCCAGCAGGCUCUGCAGGGGAUGCAGAAGCACCUUUUGAAAGUACAAGAUGAAUACAAAAAGAGAGAAGCUGAGCUAGAAAAAGUGAAAGAAGACAAAUUAAAAUUGGAAACAUUAUUAGAAAACCUGAAGGAGCAGGAGAGCAGUGCAGCCAGAGCUUGUGCCUGCAGCCAGGAGAAGGAGUGUCCAGCUGAGAAGGUGCUGAGCAGCAGCCCUGUGAGGUCUGAGCGGGAAGUCCUGCUGGUUGGAAUAAUUUCAACCUUCCUGCACGUGCACCCCUUUGGAGCCAGCAUCGAGUACAUCUGCUCCUACCUGCAGCGCCUGGACAGCAAAAUUUGCACCGCAGAGGUGGAAGUUCUCAUGACUCGACUCCAGAACACGUUCAGGCAGGAGCUGAGUGGGGUUGGGGCCAGCCUGGAGAAAAGGUGGAAGUUUUGUGGCUUUGAUGGAUUGAAAAUGACUUGA